AUGUUUUAUUCUCACGAGAUCCUCAACAGCACCCAGUAUGGGGUUGCUACUAUUUGGCUGGUGGCCACAGUUGGCAAAGGAACCCAGAAGAGACUGACCAAGAAGGCGAUCCAAGAAGUCAAUGUUCCAAAGGCGUGCGAGAAGAUAUUGGACCCCGGAGCUCCUCUUGCUCUCCGUCUCCAAGGAAAUCUACUCUAUGGCGUUUCGCGUGUUUUCGAGCAGCAGUGCGCCUAUGUCCUCACGGAUGCCGAAAAGACCCAGUCUGACAUGGUGACUUUUUUUCGCAUCAUUUCAACCAGUGAAACUGAUCCGCGAGCCGGAAAGACCAAGCGUCAGAAUAUCGUCUUGCAAGAUGAUCCUGCUUUUGAUCCUUUUACCUCACUUCCAAACCUGAAUGUGCUGCAGUGGGACAAGGAUCUUGUGUUAUUUCCAAGCCAGGGCGGAUCAAGCAAGUUCUCCCAGAUGACACCGCUCGCGGCAGCUGGUAGUCAAGGUAGCUCUUCGCCACGCCACCGCUCUGCACUGAUCAAUCUUGAGCUCCCACCUUCUUCACAGUCUGCUGCAAGUUGCCGUCUUCCCUCAGAUUUCGGCAGACUCAGCCCUUUGUUCGGCAAAUCAAUUCACCAUUCCGACAGCAUGGCUGAGUUCCAGCCGUUUGGAGACGAUGAAUUUCCAUCCAUCUCGGGAAUCGGCUUCGAAUUUGACGCAGAGGGUAAUCUCGUUAGCAUUCUCGACCAGGAUCUUGAGCCUGAGCCCGAACUGCCUCCUCUUCCGGCUCCGACAAAGACUACAAGCAGUCUUGGGUUGCAGGGAGUGAUGAAAGACGAUGACCAGGUUCUCAUUUUGGGCGAAGAAGAAAAUCUACUUGAUUUGGGGGACCAAGCAUUGCAGGGUAUGGAUGGUCGUCCGGCAAAUACUUCGAUUCAGCUGCCUGCAGAGAUCCAGACGCAUAGAAGUGAGCGAGCAGAAGCAGACACUAAUCAAGCAUCUGCUAGGAUGGCUAGAUCGAGACGGGUCAACCCAGAUGCUAUGAUGGAUGAGAGAAUCACAAUUUCUAGCCGAGAACUCAGAGAUUGGACUGAAAACUACUUUGCAAACGCUGAAACUCUCCGUCAGCAACAGCGAAAGACCACCACCACUCUUGGCCAAGCGAGAAAGAAUGCUGUGACACUCCUCUACGACUACGGUGUGGCCAGUGUCGGGGCAUAUCAUCGAGCAGAAGGUCUAUUCCAUCCCUUGGCAGCUAAUUUUGCCGGAAUCGCGUUGAAAGCACGCCUCCAAGGCAAAGAGCCAGAUGAGAUCGAGCAGCUUGAGCCUGCAAAGAGAGGCCGCCGACGCAAAUCAGAUGAAGCUUUCGAAGGCGAACUUGAUGAUGACGAGCGAAACACAAAGCAGCGAGUUGUUGAGGAAGUUGAAUUCGGUCGAGGCGAAAAUCAGGAUGAAGCACACAUCAUGUUUGAUGACAACUCUGUUCCCGAGAUUGGAAUGGAGGCCGAGCCGCCAAUGGAAGAUCGUCACUCUUCCUCAAUGAUGCCAUGGAGCCGACCUGGCUCUGCAGUUCCAGGUUCUUCCGUCCGAGGCAGCGCCCAGAAGCCAAAGACCGCCCCCAGUCCUCUCCUCGGACGUGGAAGUGCCCUGAGCUCCAUCGACCGCCAUAGCGAUCCCGCCGAGCCGUUCUUUGGAGUGGACGACUUUGGUUCUCAUGACUCAUCUUUUCAACUUGGUGGGCCGGUUGGCCCUCUUGACUACGAUCGAGACAAUGCCACUCAAUUUUCGACUCAAGGCCUCGACGUCACCAGCCAGGAUUUCUUGGGAUACGUAGCCGAGCAGGCCGCAAAGACAGGCGUGACCUACGGCCGGGACAAGAAGCAUCGUCAGUGGAUCGAGUUCAAAGAGCUGGCCGAACCAUUUACUCACCCUAGAGCCGUUGCCGCUCAAGCGUUUCUACAUCUGCUGUCUCUGGCAUCGAAGAACGUCAUAUCGGUCCAUCAGGAAGGUGCGAUGGCCAUGCAGCCAUUUGGAGCCAUUCACAUUGGAAUAAACGCCUCUGUCAAUGAAAUGGUUGAGACGCAGCCGGAGUCUGAGGAUGAGCUUGCUUGA